AUGCCUGCUCACCCAGAUUCCAACCUCUACCCCGAGGCCACUGGCCUAGCCAAGACACUGGUUGACAAGCAUCGCACCCAACAGCCAUUGAAGCUGUAUGCGGGGUGGUUCUGUCCAUAUACAGAUUCGGUAUGUCACCGACUGAUUCACAGGAAAGAGACUAACAAACAAGUCCAACGAGUCUGGCUCGCCCUCGAAGAAAAAGGAAUCCCAUAUGAAUACAUCGAGGUCAACCCAUACAACAAACCGGAUUCCCUACUCACCUUGAAUCCGCGAGGCCUAGUCCCAACCCUAUCAACCCCAGCAGAUCCCCACCCACGACCAUUAUACGAGUCCACCGUCAUCCUGGAAUAUCUAGAAGAAGCAUACCCAGACCAUCAGCCGCGCCUCCUGCCCGAAGAUGUCUACGAACGCGCCCGUGCACGCAUCUGGAUCGACUACGUGACUUCUCGCAUUAUCCCGUCUUUCCACCGGUUCUUGCAGUACCAGCCGGAUGAGAGCGGGGAAGAUGCGAAUGCGGGGUGGGACCGGGCACGGCGGGAAUUGUUGUCUCAUCUCAAGGCUUGGACUAAGGAGAUGCAUGAGAACGGUCCUUUCUUCCUGGGUGAGGGUAUUGGUCUUCCGGAUUUGGUGUUGGCUCCGUGGGCGGUGCGAUUGUGGGUUUUUGAUGAGUUUAAGGGUGGAUUGCGGAUCCCUGGGGAGGGAGAAGGGGGGCCGGAUGAAGAGAUCUGGCGUCGGUGGAGGACUUGGCUGGCUGCUGUUGGGAGUAGGCGGAGUGUACAAGAGACCACCAGUGAGAUUGAGCAUUACCUUCCUAUCUACAAGAGGUAUGCGGACAAUACGGCGCAGAGUGAGUUGGCUAAGGCCACAAGGGCUAAUCGUGGAGUGCCCUGA